UGGGGGAGGAGCGGUCGCCGCGCGUUAGGCAGGGAGCGGUGCGGGGUCCCGGCUCCAAGCGAGGUGGGAGAGGCGCUCGGUGGGCUGUGAGGGUCCGGGAGGACUGUGCAGGCUGAGCGCAACGCGGGGAAGUGCGGCUGGCGGCUGGGGAAGGAGUCACACGCACCCGUCCCCCUGGGGAAGGGGCCAGUCCCCGGCUCCCUGGCUCUUCCGCUCUCUGCCGUAACUUCGGGGUGUGGCAGGGGUUAGUGACGGCCGUUGACCUGGGGUCUGGGCGUAAAGGAGGCUUGUGGUCGCGAUGGGGUUAUAGUCUUUCUCGCGGCCACCGGGGGAGUGAGACAAAUGUUUGUAAUCCGGAUUAUCCGCGGUGACUUGGGGCCUCCUCUACUGCCCAUCUGAAGUUAAAGGCCUUUUCUGUCCAACUUCCUCCCCCCGCACCGACCUCUGCCGUCUCUUUGCCAGCCAAGCCCAGCCGGGGACGGGGUCGGGGCCACCAGGUUCCUGGUAAGGUUGAAAGACGGGGUGUGUAAGACUGGGUUACAGUGAGUCUGUGAGAGAGAAAGCAGGAUCUUCUGGACUGCUUCAGUGUGAGUGUGGGCUUGACUCCCUGAGUCCCCGGGCCACACCAUGUCAGGGAAACGGAAGCGGGUGGUGCUGACUAUUAAAGAUAAGCUUGAUAUAAUAAAGAAACUUGAAGAUGGAGGUUCUUCCAAACAACUGGCAGUGAUUUAUGGAAUUGGGGAGACAACAGUUCGAGAUAUAAGAAAAAAUAAGGAAAAGAUUAUAACUUAUGCAAGCAGUUCUGAUUCCACAAGUCUUCUGGCCAAGAGGAAAUCUAUGAAGCCAUCUAUGUAUGAGGAAUUGGACAGAGCCAUGCUGGAAUGGUUCAACCAGCAAAGAGCAAAAGGGAAUCCUGUGUCUGGACCGAUUUGUGCUAAAAGGGCAGAGUUCUUCUUUUAUGCUUUGGGAAUGGAUGGUGAUUUUAACCCCUCUGCCGGUUGGUUGACUCGUUUUAAGCAGCGGCACAGCAUUAGAGAGAUUAACAUUAGAAAUGAAAGGAUUCAUGGGGAUGAGACUGCCGUGGAGGAUUUUUGUAACAACUUUCGAGACUUUAUUGAACGAGAGAAUUUGCAGCCUGAACAAAUCUACAAUGCUGAUGAAACUGGACUGUUUUGGAAAUGCCUACCUUCCAGGACUUCAGUAAUCAAAGGUAAAUGCACAGUCUCUGGGCACAAGUCAAUUGAAGAAAGAGUCACUGUGAUGUGUUGUGCCAAUGCAACAGGUUUACACAAACUUAAACUUUGUGUUGUGGGGAAAGCAAGGAAACCUCGCUCCUUCAAGUCAACUGAUACCUCAAACCUGCCAGUCUCUUAUUUCAGCCAAAAAGGUGCAUGGAUGGAUCUUUCCAUUUUCCGACAGUGGUUUGAUAAGAUCUUUGUGCCACAAGUUCGAGAGCACUUAAGAUCCAAAGGCUUGCAGGAAAAGGCUGUGCUCCUGUUGGAUAAUUCACCAACACAUCCAAAUGAGAACGUCCUGAGGUCAGAUGAUGGCCAAAUAUUUGCUAAAUAUUUACCACCUAACGUGGCUUCUUUGAUUCAGCCCUCGGAUCAGGGAGUUGUAGCCACAAUGAAGAGAAACUACCGGGCAGGUCUUCUCCAGAACAACUUGGAAGAAGGUAACGACCUGAAAUCAUUCUGGAAGAAGCUAACUCUGCUGGAUGCACUUUAUGAAGUAGCAAUGGCGUGGAAUUUAGUAAAGCCAGUUACCAUUAGCAGAGCAUGGAAGAAGAUUCUCCCUACCAUUGAGGAGAAAGAAGGCCUGGACUUUGAUGAAGAAGAUAUCUCAGUGGCUGCUGUGGCUACCAUUUUACAACACACCAAAGGAUUGGAAAAUGUGACUACUGAGAACAUUGAAAAGUGGCUUGAAGUUGACAGUACUGAACCAGGCUAUGAAGUAUUAAGUGACAGUGAAAUCAUCCGAAGAGCACAAGGCCAGACAGACGAAUCCAGUGAAAAUGAGGAGGAGGAGAUAGAACUGAUCCCGGAGAGACAUGUUAAUCAUGCAGCUGCUCUCCAAUGGACUGAAAAUUUAUUGGAUUAUCUAGAACAACAAGGGGAUAUGAUUCUGCCUGAUAGACUGGUGAUACGUAAACUUCGAGCCACCAUAAGAAAUAAACAGAAGAUGACAAACUCAAGUCAAUGAUGGCAUAUCAGCAUUACCAUUGUUUUGGUAAUUGUUUGUAACUCUUAACCUCUUUGCAACAUGGCUUCGUUCUCUCUGUGUUCUGAAUUCUCAGACACAGUCCUGUGAAAUACAGAUACAAAAAUGUAUCUGAAUUGGUUUGAGGAUUAUGUGUUUUGCAGCAUCUGUCUCUUGUCCCUUUAUUUGUGUGGAUAAUUGGAAGCUGAUUCUGUACAGGUAUAAAUUACACACACAUAUGCAUUCACUUUUAUAGAUCUGCAAUUACCCCUUCCAUUACAGUGGCAUUCCCUAAAUUUUCUAGCAGAAGUUACAGGUAGGUGAACAGUUUGAGCACUUCCCUGAAAUCUUUUGUUUGCUCUGUGAGGGCUGCCACAGUAAUCUUUUCUUGUUCUUGUGCUAACCAAAUUAAAUUACCUGUUUUGCAUCUUUAUAUACACUGAUGGAAUGAGAAGUAUCUACAUUGUUAGAUUUCAGGGUAAUCUGUAAUGAUUCAAAAUGAAGUUCUGAAUGAAGAGGAAAGAAUGAUGAAUGAAUUAUGAAAAUAACUUAGAAAUCAUACUUUUCUUACAUUUGUUUGUGUGGCAAGAGGAGGGGAUUUUUCUAGAAAUGAACUAUAAUAUAGGGAGUGAUUGCUGAAUUAGUGAGAAAAAUAUUGGAAAACUGAUGUAUAAGAUCAUGAUCUAUUCAUUUGUAGAAAACUGGGAGUUGAAAAUCCGGGGAACUUUAGGUUAUUUAUACAAAGGGAAUAAGUAGCCUUGUUUUAGUUGGGUCUUUUUAUUAUGUUAUUAAUUGGGUAACAGUAUAGGCUUAUUAUUUAUUCAUCUAAUUAUAGUACAGAUUUUGUAACUUUACAUGUGGUGAUGUCAGCUCCCACCCUGUAUGUGGGGGAACAUCUUGGGUAUUUGUAAGUUUUUUUAAUAUGUACUUGAAAAUAUCUAUAAUUUGAAAAAGUUUGUCAUGCUUUUAUUUGAUGUGAAAAGAAGAAGAAAUUAAAAUAAUAAAGUUUUUAUUUUUAAUAAGCCAUAAAUUAUGACCUGUUUUAUGAAGAAAGCAGAAAUAAUUAUGGAGAGUACCAGAGUCAAAGGAAUCUCAUCAUUUAUUAUUUUGACACUUGUGAAAAGGUUUUCUUCUAGAAUUGGUUUGUCAGAAUUUUGAUAAACUUAGUAAUUAUGUUUACUCAAGACAUUGAAAAGAUUUACCUACAUGAAUGUUAAUUUCAUUCAUAAUUUAAAAGCAACGUGUCUGUAUGUUAUUUCACGUUUUGGCCCUAAAUUUAAAAAAAAAUUCUCUUAUGAGUCAUUUUUUUUUAAAGGUUUAACUUUUUCAUUGAAAUACUUUGCAUUUUACAGUGACUUUCUUAGAAUUCUAAAACUUCAGAAAGAUUUGUAGCUUUCCAUAAUUUUCUGUUAUCUUAAUGAUGUGUCUAGAUUUUUAAAAAAGAUUUAUUUGUGACAAGAACUGUUUAAAAAUUGUUGCAUGAAUUGCCUCAGUGCAUAGGGAAAAAAAGCAUCAGAAGUUAACAUCCAUAUUGAAUCAGAUUAUUAUGUAUUCAUAAAUUAAAUUAUAUGUAAAAUGAUUUAUCUAAAAUGAAAAUAUGUACUAAACAGCUUCUUGGAAUUUCUCUGAAUUUGCUCACUGUUUUUAAAAUUAACCUUGUUAAUGAAAUUCAGCUGUAUCAUUGCCACCUAGUGGUAAAAUUAACAUUACUGUUAAGUUGUGUGGUUUUAAACUUUAAUAUCUAGUAAAAGGUUCACUGUUUUGUGGC